AUGGGGAUCCCUGCCGUGGAGGCCUGGGGUGGGUCUCUGGUCUACACCCUGGAGGAGCUGGAGUGUAAGAUCUGCUACAACCGCUACGACACACGCAGCCGCAAACCAAAACUUCUGGGCUGUCUCCACCGUGUUUGUGCCAAAUGUCUGAAGAAGAUGAUGCACAUGGGUGAGUCGUCACCCUCAGUCAUCAGUUGUCCUUUCUGUCGCCAUGAAACUCAUGUGCCUGAUGAAGAGAUUUGGCUGAUGGAGGAUGACCGACACAUCCUGGCAGUUCUUUCUUGUCAGGACCGUGCCCGGAGAGGAGGAGUAGCAAAUGGAGGGGAGGUGGUCUUGAGUCCUGCUGAUCUUUCUGACGGAGGAAGAGGAGGAGGAGGAGGCAUUUCUCACUCCUCCCACGGCUCCUCUGACUGUCUGGUCAUCACUAUCCUGGAGCUCCCUGGAGACUGUCCCUCCUCAGAUUCACUGAGCAUGCUCAACAUGGUGCGACUGUACCGCCCCCCAAGUCUGGAGUCACUGCCCUGCCACCUUCCUGCACAGAAAUGUCACUCCUGGACAUCACGCAGUUUCCCACGCUGCCUGCUGGGGGUGCUGUGUAUGGUGUACUUCAGCUCUCUGCCUCUGGGGAUUUACCUGCUGAUGAUCAGCCAGCUGUGGCUGGGCGUGGUGCUGGUCAGCCUGGUGCCCUCCACACUCCUGCUGUGUGUCGUCUAUGGAUUCUGUCAGUGUCUCUGCCACGAACUGCUGGAGAGCCUGGCCGCACGACAACAUACACACACCUAA